AUGAAUGACACGGUAACUAUCUGGACCAGGAAGUUCAUGACCAACAGACUACUUCAGCGGGAACAAAUGGUCAUUGAUGUCCUUCACCCUGGGAAGGCAACAGUACCCAAGACAGAAACCCGGGAAAAACUAGCCAAAAUGUAUAAAACCACACCUGAUGUCAUCUUUGUGUUUGGAUUCAGAACGCACUUUGGUGGUGGCAAGACCACUGGCUUUGGCAUUAUUUAUGAUUCCUUGGAUUACGCAAAGAAAAACGAACCCAAACACAGACUUGCAAGACAUGGCCUAUUUAAAGAAAACAGAAAGGAAUGCAAGAACAGAAUGAAGAAAGUCAACUCAGCCAUGCUUGGUUGUUACUCUCUAACAACUUUUGCAUGUACCAUACAGCAGUGUAAGCUAUAG